CAUUCGACGGUAUAAUUCAUUUGAGUGCAUUUAUUUAAACUUUAAAAAGAAUUUUAAAUGAAAUACUGCAGUUUCUUUAUGAUUUUAAUUGUUUCAAUAAUACUACCAUCGAAAAAUGAGUCCGAAGGAUUUAUACUAAGAGAUUGGCUCUACAAUUGUUUAAUGAAUAGAAAAAUGACCACUACUUCAACUAUAAGCACUUCAAAUUCUUUGACUGGAACUACUAUUUCUCCAAAAAUAGCUGCCUUUCGUAUUAGAAAUUCGGUGGCUCCAUUUACUCCAUCUACGACUAAUGAUGAUGAUAGUGAUGAUGUUUAUGUUUAUUAUGAUCAUCUUGACAGUGAUUAUGGCAGCAGUGAUGAAUCUGACGACGAUCGCGGACUGUAAACCUCGAACACCUUUAGCUAAACUAUCAUAAAAGCAAUAAAAUCUGAAAGAGUAUUUAAACAGUAGCAAAUUCCAACAUCAGAAACUGCUCAAAAAGUGACUCUUCUAGAAGUAUUGCAGCUUCAUUUCAAUAAAAAGAUUUUGUUAAUUAGUUAUUUAAUUAUUUUAAAAAUUGAUACACCAAAUUCAUAACUCAUUUACUCAUGACAUAUAACAUACGAGGUCCAAUUUUCGAUGACGCCUUAUUUCCUUAUCUCCCACACGUCCUUCAUAAAUAUUCACAGCCGAUCGUUUUCACAAUAUUCAAAUGCCUGUAAAAUAAAAAAAAUAA